AUGUUGCUUUUUCUAGUUUCUGUCAUUUUUAAUUUCUCAAAUAUGUCCGUUGAUGAUCCGCUGGUGAAUGGCGUUCCACUUUCGUCUUUACGCGUUGUCGAUCUGAAAGACGAAUUGGACAAACGUGGUCUUUCAAAAAUUGGAAAUAAGUCAACUUUAACUGAGAGAUUAAAAACGUAUAUCUGUGAAAACGAACAGCAGAAUUGUGGAGACAGCGCAGAUUUGCAAAAAUCUCCUGCUAAAGUGGGUUCCCCCGAAAAUCCUCUAGUUGCUGCUUAUCUAGCCCGCCAAGCUGAAACGCUGGAAAGACAGAAGAAGGAUGCAGAGCGAAUUCGAAGCGAAAAAGGGGAUCAAGAUUCAGCUGAAGAUGUGGAUAUGGAAGAGGAGGAUUCUGAAGAAAAUCCUAAGGAGCAGGUACUUUCACCUGAAAAAUCACCACCGCGAAGACAACGUCAGCACUCUGAAACCGAUAAUCAGGGUGAGCCAAUGAGGAAGAAACUGGCCAAAGAAUCCGAAGAUGUGGACAGCGCAGCUGUUACCUGCAAAUCAUCGACAUCUAAAGAGGAACAUGUUAAGAAACCGUCGCCAGCUCCUAAAGAAACAACCAGUGAAGAUUUGCGAACAUCUAAGGAUGUUAAAAAAUCGUCUAUUGCGGUUGAAAACAAAAAAGAAAGUCAGAAGUUUGAGGAAUCGAAGGAAGCCAUCAAAGAGAAGAAGAGCAAGGAAGUUAUGGAGCCCGAAGAUAAGUUGUCAGAAGACGUCGACGAAACUAGUCAGCAAUCGCAGGAUAAUGAUGAAACAAACGAAACUGCGCCCGAGAAGAAUACCGAAGAGAAAGAAGAGAAAAUGGACGAAGAUUUGUCAAGGGCAUCAUCUACCUCAAAACACGGCGAAGAGAAUGGAAGUAGUGGUGGCGCUGAUCACUUAGAGGAAUUGGACUACGGAGAAGUAGAAGCUGAAGCUGAACCGGAUACAGAGGAAAAAGAGACGAAAGACGAGGUGUUGGAAGUAGAUGAAUCAGAGGAAUGUGAACUACAUCGACAGAAAAGACGUAUUGCACAUGAAAAAGAAGCAGAUGCUGAGCAGAAAGGAGAAAAGAAGAGAAAAAUUUCACCAUCGAGGCAUCCAGAAUCAGACAUAAUUCAUAUACGAGGCUUGACACGUCCAUUCACAGAUCGAGCACUGAAAGCGGAAAUCCUAAAGUGUGGAGGGCAAAUAACUGAUUUUUGGAUAGAUAGUGUAAAAAGCCACUGUAUUGUACAGAUGCGAUCUGUUGAUGAAGCACGUGAAGUCAGAAUUGCUAUGCACAAUACGCAGUGGCCAACAGCUAACCCUAAAACACUGUCAGUACAGUUUGAUACCAAAGAAAAUAUGGAGAGACACCGCAGUGGUCAAUCUUCCUCGGUUACUCCGGCCACUCCGGUCCCAGCUACCCGCACUGAGCGAAAAGCAUCAGACCGUGAAAGACCAGUUAUUGGCACACUUCCUGGAAGAAAUCCGAGCCUAAAAAUCACGGUGGAAGCGGCGAUGCGAGAGAAUGAAAAACGUGAAGGAAAUAAGGAAAAGGAAAGACGGGAACGUGCAAGAGCCGAAAAAGAAGUGGAAAAUCACAGGAUAGAAAAAGACGAGAAAAGAGAGAAGCCAGAUGAAAAACGACAUCACGAAGAUAAGCACUCGGUUAAAAAGGAUGAUCGCGAAAGAAAGCGCCACCGGUCCGAAACGCCACCAUUCAGUAAAGGAGCUGUAGAAAAAAGAGAACGACGUGAUUCGUACCAAAAGCAUGACCGUGAUCACGACCGAGAACAUGAUCGAGGCCGUGAAAGAGACCGAGAACGUGAACGCUAUGACAGAAGGCGUGAUGAUGACCGAAACAGACAUCAUGAUGAACGUGAUGAAGAAAAAGAGAAGGAACGGGAGGAGAAACCAGUGAAGACUGCUGAUUCAUUGUUUAUGAAGACCAAGACAUUACCGGCGAUUUAUUUCUUGCCAUUAACCGAUGAGGAGGCGGCAGAACGACAAGAGAAGCUGUUAGCUGAGAAGAAAAAGCGAGAACAAAAGGAACAAGAACGAGACAUUGUGGACGCGUCUGAUGCAUCUACGGAUAAUUCCGAUGUCCGUUCAUCAUCGAUAGUCCUGCAAUCGUAUGGCGCAUUACUAGCGAUGAUCAGUGGCAAGCGUAUGGAAUGGGGAAUGAUAGAAAGGAACGGAUUGUUAUCAAAUGCAGCUUAA